AAAGACUACCAUGUUAAGAUUUAUAACGCAUGAAGCGUGCAGUGUGCAACAUCGCAUCGUAGCGCAAAAGUAGCAUCAAUUUCCAGCUGUUUUGAAGAGUUUUUGGAAUUGCAAUCUCAACAAUGGCAGGUGGUGCACAGGCCAACAUACUUCGUCUCUUACAAGACGUUGGGAAGGCUGCAUGUCGAUGCCCCGCCCACUCCCAAGCCUUCCGGUUAAACCAACCCACGAUACCCAAGCAUGCUUGCUCCUCAACUGGGGCGAGCCAGCCAGAAUAUGCCUUCGAGAUGGCAUGUUCCAACAUUAGGUACGGCAAGGGAGUCACCCAAGAAGUCGGAAUGGAUUUCCAAAAUCUUGGUGCCAAGAAAGUUUGCGUCAUGACGGACAAGACGAUAGCAAGUCUGCCUAUCAUGACGGCAGUGUUGGAGUCACUUCAACGUCAUCAUGUCAGUCACGACGUGUUUCAGAACGUCAGAGUUGAACCAACGGAUGUCAGCUUCAAAGAAGCGAUAGCCUUUGCCAAGGCUGGUGGAUACGACGCUUACCUAGCUGUUGGUGGUGGUUCCGUCAUGGACACCUGCAAGGCAGCUAAUCUCUACGCUAGCAAUCCAGAGGCUGACUUCCUUGACUACGUCAACGCACCGGUCGGAAAAGGCAUGCCGGUCCGGGGGGAAGUCAAACCGCUGCUGGCCGUUCCCACCACUGCAGGCACUGGAAGCGAAACCACAGGAGUUGCCAUCUUUGACUACCUGCCUCUCAGGGCAAAGACAGGGAUUGGUAGCCGAGCGAUCAGACCACUGCUAGGCAUUGUGGAUCCUCUGCACGUCAUGCACAUGCCGGCCAGAGUGGCUACCUACAGCGGCUUUGAUGUCCUCUGUCAUGCGUUGGAGUCCUACACGGCGAUCGCCUACGACCAGCGAACACCGCGGCCAAGCAACCCCAUCGAGCGCCCCGCCUACCAAGGCAGUAAUCCUAUCAGUGACAUCUGGUCUAUGGAAUCCAUGCGAGUAAUCAAGAAGUACUUCAAGAGGUCUGUUAAGGAUCCAGAGGAUUUUGAGGCGCGGUCGGCCAUGCAUCUCGCUAGUGUGUUCGCUGGAGUGGGAUUUGGGAACGCCGGUGUACACUUGUGUCAUGGAAUGUCUUAUCCAAUCGCUGGAAUGGUCAAGAAGUUUCAGGCCAAGGAUUAUACGACAGACCAUCCCAUUGUGCCCCACGGUUUGUCCGUUGUCAUGACAGCACCAGCCGUCUUCCAGUUCACCGCUCCGAUGUGCCCGGAGAGACACCUCAAAGCUGCGGAGAUGCUAGGCGCUGAUAUCACCAACAUCAAGAAGGAAGAUGCAGGGAAAGUGGUCGCUGACUUGAUGCGGGAGUACAUGUACGAUUUGGAGGUUGACGACGGCUUGAUGGCAUUGGGCUACACCAAGGAUGACAUUCCGGACCUGGUCAAAGGAACGCUGCCUCAGAAAAGAGUGACCAAGCUGGCACCGCGAGAGCAGACUGAAGGAGACCUGGCGGCCAUGUUUGAGCAGUCCAUGAAGGUGUACUAGAAAGAUUAUCAAUCGAUACAUCCAGCAACUGAUAAGGAAAACGAUCAAUAGAUUGCUAAUUGUACCAAUCAAUAAAUUAAUCGACCUUCCAAUCAAUAAAUCGAUCGGCCUUCCAAUCAAUAAACUGAUCAGCCUUUCAAGCUAUAAAUUGAUUGGCCUUCCAAUCAAUAAAUUGAUCAGCCUUCCAAUCAAUAAAUUGAUCAGCCUUCCAAUCAAUAAAUUGAUCAGCCUUCCAAUCAAUAAAUUGAUCAGCCUUCCAAU